AUGUCAUCGAGUCUGCCAGUAACGCGGACUGAUGGUGCACCAAAUGGAGCAUUUAGGACUUUUGGGCUCUACUGGUGCUAUUAUUGUCAUCGUACGGUCAGGAUUGCAUCCUCUAACCCAUCAGAGAUCGCAUGCCCUCGAUGCUUGAGGCAAUUUGUUGUCGAGAUUGAGAUGAGAAGGCCUCGAAUUGCCUUCUAUCACGUCACGCCGCCUUUUGAUACUUCUCCUGAGGCUCGUCUCCUCGAAGCUCUAUCGCUCAUGUUUGAUCCUCCAAUCAGAGGUGGGUUUGGUGCUGAUCCAUUUCUCAGGGCAAGAUCCAGAAACAUGGAACCCCAACCAAGACCUCGGCCGCUUCAUCGACGACGGCACAGCCUUGAUAAUGAUAACAAUGGCGGUUUACCUCCACCAAGAAGAACAUAUGUAAUGUUCCGGCCCACUGAUCUGACUACUCCACUUGGAAACAUGAUCCAGCCGCCAAAUCUAACAGCACCACCCCGGCGUGUGAACCCACACGAUUUCUUUACUGGAGCAUCAGGCUUGGAGGAGCUGAUCGAACAGCUAACACAAGAUGAUAGGCCUGGACCCCCACCUGCAACAGAACCCACCAUUGAUGCGCUGCCAACCGUGAAGAUUACUCAACAACAUCUAGCCAACGACAUGUCCCAGUGCACAGUGUGCAUGGAGGAUUUCAUUGUUGGCGGGGAAGCUAAGGAGCUACCAUGUAAACAUAUCUACCAUAACGAUUGUAUAAUCCCCUGGCUCAGGCUUCACAACUCCUGCCCUAUCUGCCGCCGUGACCUGCCACCUGUCGACACCAUUUCUGAUUCUCAGGAAAGGGGGGAUUCCGUCAGAGAAGAAGUAGCUGAAAGAAGGCGCCCGAGGUGGAUGCAGCUCGGGAACAUGUGGCCUUUUAGGGCAAGGUACCAAAGGGUUAGUCCAGAAGAAACAGCACAGCGGAAUCCUCGAGGUAACCGGAGCUAA